AUGAAGGCCACGCCCCCGGCGCUGUUACUUCUUUCCCCGCACUCGCAGCUGCAGCAACCGUGCAGCGGUGGCAGCGGAGGCCGAGCCAUGCGGGCGGCGGGUCGGGGAACGCACCAGGCGCUGGCGCCGCCGCCGCUGCUGCUGCUCCUGCUGCUGCUGGCUGGGCCCGGGCUGUCGUCCGUGUCGCCCCCGGCGCCGCGGCUCUUCAACGUGAGCCUGGACGCGGCCCCCGAGCUGCGCUGGCUGCCGGUGCUGCGGCACUACGACCCGGACCUGGUGCGCGCCGCGGUGGCGCAGGUCAUCGGCGACAGAGUCCCCAAAUGGGUACUCGCGUUGAUGGGAAAGGUGAUCGGGGAACUGGAGAGCUUCCUGCCCCAGCCCUUCACGGACGAGAUCCGCGGCAUGUGCGACUUCCUGAACCUCAGCCUGGCAGAGGGUCUCCUGGUCAACCUGGCCUACGAGUCCUCCGCCUUCUGCACCAGUAUUGUGGCUCAGGACUCCAGAGGCCACAUUUAUCACGGUCGGAAUCUGGACUAUCCUUUUGGAAAUGUCUUACGCAGACUGACAGUGGAUGUGCAGUUUUUAAGGAAUGGGCAGGUCGAGUUCACAGGGACCACUUUCAUCGGCUAUGUAGGACUGUGGACCGGGCAGAGUCCGCACAAGUUUACAAUUUCUGGCGAUGAGCGAGAUAAAGGCUGGUGGUGGGAAAAUGUGAUCGCCGCCCUUUCUCAGGGACACUCUCCGAUCAGCUGGCUUCUCCGCACUACCCUGAGUGAGGCAGAAAACUUUGAAGCAGCUGUAUUCAAAUUGGCCAAGACUCCCCUCAUUGCUGAUGUUUAUUACAUCGUUGGUGGUACAUCCCCCCGGGAGGGAGUGGUCAUCACCAGAAACAGAGGUGGCCCAGCAGACAUUUGGCCUCUAGAUCCUUUGAAUGGAGCGUGGUUCCGAGUUGAGACAAAUUAUGACCAUUGGAAGCCAGCACCUAAGAGAGAUGACCGAAGAACACCUGCCAUCAAAGCCCUAAACGCCACAGGGCAAGCAAACCUCAGCCUGGAUACGCUUUUCCAGGUUUUAUCGGUGGUUCCAGUUUAUAACAACUACACGAUUUAUACUACCGUAAUGAGUGCAGCCAGCCCAGACAAGUACAUGACUAGGAUCCGAAACCUGAGCUGAAAGUAAGCAGAAGAAUGAAUUCACCUGUGCAUGAAAGGUGAUUUUUUAAAGACUGAAAUUCUUGAAGAGCUGCACUUCAAAAACUAAGACAAAGUGAAAGUAUUUUGUCAUUUCACAAACAAUACAGGCUCCUUCCUCAUUAAGCUUUCCAACCCUGGGAAGUGAGGCAGGAAGGUCACUGUGGAGAUGUUUUGAUGUAGUGGGUAAGAGGUGUUGUCAUGCAGUUUAUAUCCUGGCUUAAACGAUUGAAGGGUAAUUAUCAGGCUGUACCCUCCCCCUUUCUUCCUGGCUUCUUGUGAUUCUGUUAUCAUACCUCUGCUUACCCACUAAAGAAGUUAUGCUGGCAGGCACAAGUGGUAGAGCUCUUGCCUAGCAUUCAUGAGGUCCUGGGUUCAAU